AUGCUCAACUUGCUCCUGCGCCUCGUCGCCGUCGCGGCCUGUGCUUUCGGCAUCGCCAUGUGCGCCUGUAUCAGCGACCAGGUCUUCAGAGAAGUGCCCGCCGGCCACACAUCCAUGUGCAUCGACCAGGUGACUACGCAGCAGAAGAAGAAGGAGGGCGACACCGCCCGCUUUCUCCGCAUCAUCAGAAAGUCCUUGCGAACCGUCGUGGAUCGCUCGGUUCACGCGCGAUUGCUUGCUCAGGGAUCAUCGCCCUUGCCGACGACGAGGAUCACAACUACAACAACGACAAGAACAGCAGCAGCGGCAGCAACAAUGUCUUCGAUUUAA